CGAUUGAUGACGUUGCAAGCAGAAAACCCCGCCCACCUUCUAUUCCAGAUUUUUGCUGUUUGGUUUAGCUUCAGGCUGUCACAGCAUUUUUAUCUUUACUUUUUCCUCAAACAGUGCUAAGUAUGUCUAAAAUUUUAUCUUUAAGUUGCCGCUUUGCAGGUCUAAUGGAGCCGUCUUGUAGUUUGGGUUUGUUCAAACCCUUACAACUAAUCGGUGCAGUUAGUCAAAAAUCAGCCAUGAGUUACUAUCCUGCAGACCUCCCUGAGAUGCCACCAUGUGAUUUUAAACCAGAGGAAUACAAGGGUAUGUCCAAAGAGCAGAUGACAGAGAUUCGCAAACAGAUCUGUAAUCCUAUGAUCAUGAAGGUGACAUACUAUAAGAAGCCACUGUUCGUCCACCAGGGAUACAUGCAGUGGUUGUGGGAUGUGGAUGGCAAGCGGUACCUGGACCUGUUUGCUGGUGUUGCCACUGUUGGUGUAGGCCACUGUCACCCGAAGGUGACUGCAGCAGCGGAGAAGCAGUUGAAGAGCCUUUGGCACACUACACAUAUCUAUGGUCAUCCUCCUCUUCAUGAGUAUUGUGAGAAACUAGCUUCAUACGUACCUGACCCUCUUAAGGUGAUAUACUUAACCAACAGCGGCUCAGAAGCCAUUGACCUAGCUGUGUUAAUGGCAAGAGUUCACACAGGCAACUUUGACGUCAUCACCUUCAGGGGGUCAUACCACGGCGGUGGCAAUCAGGUCAUGGGCAUGACCUCCAACAUGUCAUAUAAAUACCCCAUUGCCAAUGGUUUAGGCUGUGUAAAUACCAUGUGUCCUGAUGUGUUCAGAGGUCUGUGGGGAGGAAGCCAUUGCAGAGACUCACCAGUACAAACAACCAGACAGUGUGACUGCCCUCAAGGACAGUGCAUGGCAAAGGACCAAUACAUUGGACAGCUCAAAGAGACAUUUGCUACGAGCGUCUCAAGUCAAAUUGCUGGGUUCUUUGCAGAACCUAUACAGGGAGUAGGAGGAGCUGUGCAAUACCCUAAGAACUUCCUCAAGGAGGCUUACAAACUUGUAAGAGAGCGAGGAGGUGUCUGCAUUGCUGAUGAGGUCCAGACUGGAUUUGGGCGAACAGGAAGUCAUUUCUGGGGUUUCCAAGGUCAUGAUGUCAGUCCUGAUAUAGUUACGAUGGCAAAGGGCAUUGGAAAUGGUUUCCCUAUGGGAGCAGUUGUUACAACUCCAGAAAUUGCUGCUUCUUUUAGCAAAGGUGUUUACUUCAACACCUUUGGAGGAAAUCCUCUGGCAUGUGCCAUUGCUUCAUCAGUGCUUGAUACUAUCAAAGAGGAUGGGACUCAGCAGAACAGUCAUGAUGUGGGCACCCAUAUAUUAAAGGGACUGGCUAAACUCAGAGACAAAUAUAAUAUUAUUGGGGAUGUCCGUGGAAAAGGCCUGCAGAUUGGUGUGGAAAUGGUCAAAGACAAGGCCAGCAAAGACCCCCUGCCUCCCACAGAAAUGAAUGUGAUCUUUGAAAUCAUCAAAGAUAUGGGAGUCCUGGUAGGAAAAGGAGGACUAUUUGGACAGACCUUCCGCAUCAAGCCUCCCAUGUGCAUCACGAAAGCGGAUGCAGAUUUUUUCCUGGCAGUUUUUGACAAGUCCGUCCACAACUACAUGGAACAAAGAUGAAGCGAUGAGCUGGGCGCCUCAGCAGAAAAGAUCAGAACUGGAACACUGUUCACCAUUUAUUUUUAAAGAUUUAUAAGUAUAACACAUUACAACAGUGCCUGUGUCAUUACAUUUACAUAUAUACUCAUUGAAAAAUCAAACAUAACUAUUAGACAUUUUACAACCCCAAAUUAUAAAAUGUUGGGACAAGUAAUGAGGUCGAACAAAAAGUAAAUGAAAUAAAUAAACAAUGAUGUUAUUACCAUGAUGUCAACAUAUGAUUUUCGUCAUGAUUUGGAACAAAAGCAGUAAAUUAUCUUUGCCCUUGGUAAAGGCCUGCAAUCCUUAAAGCAUAUACUUGAAAUUAAUUUUUUCUUUCUGCUUGGAUAUAUUUGUUGAGUUGUUUUUAAUUUAGUCAAAUUUGUAAAUCUGUUUACUGUAAAUACGACUAAAUUUGAAGUUAAUAAAAAAGUAUGCUUUUAUAUGUUGGUCAUAUCCUUAUAAAUUCACGUCAGCACUUCAGAGCAGAAAUGCCAGAUCUAACGCCUCGUCCUUGGUCAUCCCAUCAGUCAAAUCCUUUGGUGCUUCAUCAUCCCUGUUUACAGGUGUUGUGGAACAGUCUACCUAGUCAAAUACAACUGUCAAAUACUUGAUCUGGUUUUAAAAGAAAGGUAAAACAACACUUGUUUCAAACAGAAAAUUUACAGAGCGACUCAUUGUGUUAUUAGUUGUUUUACUUUUAAUGUACAACUUUUUAACAUUUGUGUAAAAUUUGUAAAUAUCUCAUUUAAGAUGUGUAAAUAUAUUGUGCAAAUAAUCAUAUUUUUAUAUUAAUCUUGCAAGUAUCCAUCUCUCUGGCUAUUUGAGACUGUGAUAUCUCUGGGCCACAAUGGAAACAAGUGAAUUUUGUUUUAUUGUGUUAUCCUGCAUUAACAUGUUUUACAUGUAUAUGUUCAUACUAAUAAAUUCAAUCAAUCAAU